AUGUCACACUCAGUAAAGAUUUAUGAUACAUGUAUAGGGUGUACCCAAUGCGUACGAGCGUGUCCUACAGAUGUCCUGGAAAUGAUACCCUGGGACGGAUGUAAAGCUAAGCAAAUUGCUUCCGCACCAAGAACGGAGGACUGUGUAGGUUGUAAGAGAUGUGAAUCUGCUUGUCCAACGGAUUUCUUAAGUAUACGGGUUUAUUUAUGGCAUGAGACAACCCGUAGCAUGGGUCUAGCUUAUUAA